UGUAAUCAAGGGAGUUGUAGCAAUAAACUUUGAAGGAGAUUCUCCAAUUACUAUACAUAUGUGACCUGCAUAAAUUACCCAAAUUGUCAGAAACACCACUACAAAAAAAUUUAGUAUAUAUAUACGUCCAUAAAUAAGAAGCUCAGUAGCUCACUAUAUCUCGUUCCUCUUAUAUUUUUUCUAUCAAUAUUUUAAGAUAUAUAUAUAUAUAUAUAUUCUUGAUCAAGUGAUUUUCAUUUGAUUGAUAGGUUGGAAUAUGGAACGAUGACGAGAAUGACAAGGUGGAUAUAAGUUGCGAUUGAUCAUGUCUAAUCUUAUAUCUUGUUCAGAUUAUAUGUUACCAGACCUCUUAUGUUAUGAGGAGGAUGCUGAAAGUUUAUCCCUAGAGCUAGAUGAUAAUGGUAACGAUGGCAAUGAAACACAAUACUCAUUUCCAUGUGAUAUUGAAGAAUCUAUAGCCCGAUUCAUCGAAGAAGAAGGUGAUUACGUUCCAGUAUUCGGUUAUCGUUCUAAGUUUGAGUCCCAAGCACUUGAUUCUUUUGCAAGAGAAGAAUCCAUUGAAUGGAUUCUUAAGGUGUAUACAUUCUUCCGGUUCCAGCCACUUACAGCGUAUCUCGCAAUUAACUACAUGGAUCGCUUUCUUGCUUCUCGUUGUUUUCCUCAAGCAAAUGGGUGGCCAUUAAAGCUCUUAUCUGUUGCAUGCUUGUCGUUAGCUGCUAAAAUGGAGGAACCCUUUGUUCCGUCUCUUCUUGAUCUUCAGGUGUAUGGUGUUACGAAUUCAAAAUUCAUCUUCGAACAUCAGACGAUACGUAGAAUGGAAUUGAUGGUACUAGGCACGUUAGAUUGGAGACUACGAUCUAUAACGCCUUUCACUUUCAUUGACUUCUUUGCUCACAAACUCGACUCGACUGGAACCCUUAUCAAUUAUCUUGUCUCACGAGCUACCCAAAUUAUUUUACAUAUCAUCAGAGAGGUUAGUUUCCUUGAAUAUUACGCGUCGACAAUAGCUGUAGCAGCAAUAGUACGUGCAGCAAAUGAUAUACCACUUCUGUCGUCGUCGACUUUAGUUCAUAACCCUGGAAAGGCAGAAGAAUGGUGUCAUGGACUAAACAAAGAAAGUAUCAUAAGUUGCUAUGACUUGAUGGAAGAUGUAGUAACUGAGAUCAAGCAAAGAUCGUCAAGAUUGACAUCAAAAAUCCUACCACAACUAAGAAUAACAACCCAACCCAUCGGUUCUAGCGACUCUUCUUCAUCGUCAUCUUCUUCAGCAUCCUCUUCCCGAAAGAGAAGAAAACUCAACAACUUGUUAUGGGUAGAUGACAUCGAUUAUGAAGACAAGGACAAGCUUUAAGAAACAAUCCUCAUAGUUUUUUGUUGGAGGACUAUCAAGUGAAUAACAUGACAAGGUGGGGAUGGAAUGAAGAUAAUUAAGUAUAGAGAGUAUAAUUUAAGUUUUCUGUGUGCAUGUGAGGUAUCUUUUACAUUCUUUUGGAUUUCUUUGUUCCUUAAUUUUUGUGGGCAUUACAUCAAUAAAUGUCCCCCUAAAUUACAAAUCUAGCUAGGGUUUUGCAGAUUCCCAAUGGAGGGGAAUUUGGAGUACAUAUAUAAGUUUCUUUUCUUUCUUGUGAGUUAGUGAGGAAAAUGGGAUAUAGUAGUGUGAUGAGGGUCAGAUAUGAUCAGAUGAUGUCUUUUUCCUUUAUUACAGUGGGAAGGAGCCUCUUGGAGCUAUAAAGAAUGGAAUAAGUGGGUAUUGAAUUCAAUAUUGGGAUGAUGAAGUCAUAUGUGAAGAGAUAGGUUGUGGGGACUUCAACUUAAAUAAAAUCUAGGGUUUGGUUAAAGGAAGAAGAAAUGGGUUGGCAAAGCUGUUUCAAGAAGCUUAGUACUUGCUCACAAAUGAAAAGAUGAGUCACGCAUAUAAGGUUAAUGGUUUUCAUUUCUUUAUAUAUGCUUAUCUCCUUUUUUUCUCAAUGGGGAUAAAAUGUAAUGGUCUUAUUAAUUUCUUGUUAAUAACUUAAGACCCUAUGAGGUUGAUUUGUUUGUUUUUUUAUUGGCGCGCAAAGGAAAAAUGCAGCCAAUUCUUGAUGGCCCAAAGUUCGGCACUUCGGCCUAACUAGCUAAAGAAUCUUGAAGAUUGAUGAUGAUUAGAAUACUCUGGAAGCGGGCUAGUGGAGUGUGCACACGUGUAUGGUCACACGUGCGUUGUAUUUUCUAUUUUUAUCUAUUUUUUUGUGUAAUGAAAGGGGAAUAUAUUAAAAGAACCCUUACUUUCACAUUUCGCAGCCUCGAUCGUUCUUCUGGGGUUUGUAUGUA